AGCUGAGGCGGCAGCAGCGGCGAGGACGGCGGCCGGUGGCGCUCGGCAUGGCUCACCUGGGGCUUGGGCUGGUGAGCUGCACCUUAUUUCUUGCUGUGAAUGGUCUGUACUCCUCUAGCGAUGACGUCAUUGAAUUAACCCCAUCCAACUUCAACCGGGAAGUCAUUCAGAGUGACAGUCUAUGGCUUGUAGAAUUCUAUGCUCCAUGGUGUGGCCACUGCCAAAGAUUAACACCAGAAUGGAAGAAAGCAGCAACUGCAUUGAAAGAUGUUGUCAAAGUUGGUGCCGUUGAUGCAGACAAGCAUCAGUCGCUGGGUGGCCAGUAUGGUGUGCAGGGCUUUCCUACCAUCAAGAUUUUUGGAUCCAACAAGAACAGACCAGAAGAUUAUCAGGGUGGCAGGACAGGCGAAGCUAUCGUGGACGCAGCCCUCAGCGCUCUGCGCCAGCUUGUGAAGGACCGCCUCGGGGGCAGGAGCAGCAGCUACAGCUCUGGAAAACAAGGGAGAAGCGAUGGUUCAAGUAAGAAGGACGUGAUUGAGCUGACGGAUGACAGCUUUGAUGAGAAUGUCCUCGAUAGUGAAGACAUCUGGAUGGUGGAGUUCUAUGCUCCUUGGUGUGGACACUGCAAAAAUCUAGAGCCAGAAUGGGCCGCUGCAGCGACUGAGGUGAAAGAGCAGACCAAAGGGAAAGUGAAGCUCGCAGCUGUGGAUGCCACGGUCAAUCAGCUACUGUCCAGCAGAUACGGGAUUAGGGGAUUUCCUACAAUCAAGAUUUUUCAGAAGGGCGAAUCUCCCGUGGACUAUGAUGGUGGGAGGACGAGGUCCGACAUAGUGUCUCGGGCCAUGGACUUGUUCUCAGAUAACGCUCCGCCUCCUGAGCUGCUGGAGAUCGUAAACGAGGACAUCGCCAAGAAGGCGUGUGAGGAGCACCAGCUGUGCAUUGUGGCGGUGCUGCCCCACAUCCUUGACACAGGAGCUGUGGGCAGGAAUUCAUAUUUGGAAGUUCUUCUGAAGUUGGCAGAUAAAUACAAAAAGAAGAUGUGGGGGUGGCUGUGGACAGAAGCUGGCGCCCAGGCAGAGCUGGAGACGGCACUGGGGAUCGGCGGGUUCGGGUACCCCGCCAUGGCGGCCAUCAAUUCCCGCAAGAUGAAGUUUGCUCUGCUGAAGGGCUCUUUCAGUGAGCAGGGCAUUAACGAGUUUCUCAGGGAGCUGUCCUUCGGGCGGGGCUCCACAGCUCCCGUGGGAGGCGGAGUCUUCCCCGCCAUCAGUGUGCGAGAGCCCUGGGAUGGCCAGGACGGCGUGCUGCCUGUGGAGGACGACAUUGACCUCAGCGAUGUGGAGCUCGACGACUUGGAGAAAGAUGAGCUGUGAGCACCGCGACCGGGCUUCAAGCACGUUCCUUUUCUUGGGAGCAGAUUUUUCCAUGCAGUGAAUGAGCAUUCUUAGAACCAGACAAGUCUACCAGUGGCCUUUCUCCAAGAAGUAGCUCUUGAUCGGUCAUUCAAAACACUGCACCAGUGAACUUUUGCAUCUCAAGAAAACACUGAAAAAUUCUAUGAAUUGUUGUAGCCAGUGAAUUGGAGUGAAUUCUGUCGUAUAAUAUGUUGAAGUGAACAGGGCUGUUAACACCUUCCCUCCCUGACUGCUGCUGGAAUGUUCUUGGAGGCUGUUUCUUACACAUAGGGUUUUUUUUUUUAAUGUGAUUCCUUCAUUUGAAUAUUAAUGGCUUUUUCCAUUAAAGAAUAAAACAAUAUUUUGGACAGUG